AUGCACCUAAGUGAGGAAGAACAGGCAGUGCUGCCACCAUACAGUCGAGUAGCCUCGAGUAAAGAGGACCCAAUGGCAGUGCUGUCUGCUCUACGUUGA